AUGUUGUAUACGUUCAUUACGGGUAUCAUCUCGGGCGUUGCUGCGCUGUUCUAUCCUUCCUACGCCUGUUACAAGUUGCUCUCUCGCCGACCAUGCCCAGAGGAGCUACUCGAGAAAUGGCUCAUGUACUGGGCGGUACUAGGCUCUUGCUUUGCCAUCGAGGUUGUCGCCUAUCCCGUGCUGAUGUGGGUGCCGUUCUACCACACCUUCCGCAUGGUGUUCCUCAUCUGUCUGGCGGUGAACGACGGCCAUCUGGCGACCUUCAUCUACGCGGGCGUGCUCGUUCCCUUCCUCGAAGAGAACGAGCAGCUCAUCGACAGCAACCUCGCGGCCAUCAAACCGCAGAUCACCGAGUUAGCGCGGGACACAGCGAACAAGCUCUGGCGCUUCCUGCAGUCGUAUAUCGCUGCUGAGCAGCAACAACAAUUGCAGAAUGUGCAGCCUCAGGCACCUCCGCCCACGUUGGCGGAUCCCGUCUCUGGUCCUACAGCUGCCAUGUGGGGUUUGUUCAGGCAGUAUGCCCCAUCCGCAAUGGCCGGCCUCGCUGCUGCCUUCACCGGCCCUGCCGCUGCCCCUCCUACUCAUGGGGUCCCACAAACUCCAGUCCAGGGGUACAACCUCGACCCACAGGCGCUUCACACCAGACGCGCGCAGCUCGAAGCCGAACUCGCCGCUCUCAGCUCUUCUGCUUCUGGCACUCAUGCUCCCCCCGCUGGCCCUCAGACCGCCGCAUCUCUCACUUCCUACUUCGCUACCCUCCCGCGCGGCACAACCGCUGCCAGCACAGGUGUCGCCGCUAGCCCGUCGAACGUCCCGCUCCCUCCUUCCCAUCGCACGCCGUACGAGUUCCCUCCUUCCCGCAACUCCCCCGGUGACUCUCCUACCGGCGUGCGCUCGCGUUCGCCCUACGACAGCGAGGACGAGCGUCAGAAAGGAUAUGAUGUGAUGCGCAAGGACGAAGCUGAGCAGUUUGUCGGCGGGUUUGUCGUCUCUGGUCAGCAGAGCGCGCAGAGGCCAAGCUGGUGGGGCUGGGCGACUGGUGGUUCGGCGGAGCAGCAGGGAUAUCAGCGGGUUGGAGGAAAGGAGGGGAAGGACGAGUGAGCGCGAGGAAGGAUUGUAUGAUAGAUGUAUGGAAUAAGUCAAUGUAA